AAUGUGGACAUUCGCGCAAGUCGCUGCGUUGCUGGUUUGGACCGCAGCUUGCGAUGGCUCGCCUUUUGGUCAUCACGCUCCACAUGCUGUCGUGUUGAAUCAUAUUCAGCAAGUGAAAGACUGCUACGAUUAUGUUAUAGUCGGUGGUGGUACAAGUGGUCUUGUUGUCGCAAAUCGCCUGACUGAGAAUCCGCACAUCAGUGUUUUGGUGAUUGAGCGUGGCUACCUGUCAGAUAACGGAACCACAGUGCCAGGUCUGGCUGUCCCUACCAAGUACCUCAAUACAGAUACGAGCAUCCCUCAGCCUGGUCUCAAUAACCGUACUGCUCCUCUGUAUACUGGUGAUGUGGUUGGAGGUGGAACGGUCGAAAUGUUUCCUGGAAUCAUCUCGACGGAUCUUGAGCCUCAUGGUGUUGAUGGUCCUGUAGGAUCAAGUUUCUCGAAUUAUCAUUGGGAUAGCAUUGGUGUAGCCAUAAACCCUCAGCCAAACAAUGGAGAGGCUACCGGUGCCUUUUACAGCACAAUAUCUGCAUAUGCGAAGAACCAGUCCAGGUCGCAUGCUUCGAAUGCUUACUAUCGUCCUAUCGCCAAUGUGCGAAAGAAUCUGCAUCUGGUUACUGGUCACUUGGUCACGAAGAUCAAUUUCGAUCAAGAGCUCAGGGCUAUUUCUGUUGAUACCGUGAGAUCAUCAUGGCAGCAGGUGCCGCUCGUACGCCUCAGAUCCUGCAGCUUUCGGGCAUUUGACCUGAGCCGCUGUUAUCAAGUCUGGGCAUCGAAACUAUUGUGGAUUUGCCAGGAGUGGGUAGCAACUUCCAGGAUCAACCCACGCUAUGGUAACUAUACCUUUCCGACUCCGGACUGGAUUCUCUCGAAUGCGAGUUGGGCUGCCGAGCAACUGGGGAUCUACUACGAGAACCGCACAGGUAAGAGAGAGAAAAAACGGCCUGAAGCUCCGGAG